GAAGACGGAGUCGCGCGCCCUGCCGUCCCCUGCUAGGAGCCUGGACCCCGGUCGCCUCGGACACCCCGCGAUGCUGGAGCUUGGCCACCCCGGGCGGGCAUCGCUGCCGCGGGCCGGGCCGCUGGUGCUGGCGGCGCUGUGCCUGCUGCUGCUGCUGCUGCUCCGGGCGCCCAUCUCCAGCGCCGCCGCCUGCGAGCCGGUGCGCAUCCCGCUGUGCCGCUCGCUGCCCUGGAACAUGACGAAGAUGCCCAACCACCUGCACCACAGCACGCAGGCCAACGCCAUCCUGGCCAUGGAGCAGUUCGAGGGCCUGCUGGGCACGCAGUGCAGCCCCGACCUGCUCUUCUUCCUGUGCGCCAUGUACGCGCCCAUCUGCACCAUCGACUUCCAGCACGAGCCCAUCAAGCCCUGCAAGUCGGUGUGCGAGCGCGCGCGCCAGGGCUGCGAGCCCGUCCUCGUCAAGUACCGCCACGCGUGGCCCGAGAGCCUGGCGUGCGACGAGCUGCCCGUCUACGACCGCGGCGUGUGCAUCUCGCCCGAGGCCAUCGUCACCGCCGACGGCGCGGAUUUUCCAAUGGAUUCUAGUAAUGGGAACUGCAGAGGGACAAGCAGUGAACGCUGCAAGUGUAAGCCUAUUAGAGCUACACAGAAGACCUAUUUCCGGAAUAAUUACAACUAUGUCAUUCGUGCUAAAGUUAAAGAAGUAAAGAGCAAGUGUCAUGAUGUGACUGCAGUAGUUGAGGUGAAGGAGAUACUAAAGGCUUCCUUGGUAAACAUUCCAAGGGACACCGUGAACCUUUACACCAGCUCUGGCUGCCUGUGUCCUCCACUUCAUAUUAAUGAGGAAUAUGUCAUCAUGGGCUAUGAGGAUGAUGAACGUUCCAGAUUACUGUUGGUGGAAGGUUCUAUUGCUGAGAAAUGGAAGGAUCGCCUGGGUAAAAAAGUUAAGCGUUGGGACAUGAAGCUCCGUCAUCUUGGCCUGAGUAAAAGUGAUUCCAGACACAGUGAUUCUACUCAGAAUCAGAAGUCUGCAAGGAACUCUCACCCCAGGCAAUCACGCAACUAAAUCCUGAGCUGCAGAGAGGAUAUCUGUGGAAUUUUUAUGAAGACUUGUGUUGCUCAACUAGCAAAAGAAAAUUGCACAAUUGCACGUCAUAUUCUUCCUUUUUUUUUGCCACACACUUACACACACACUUACACACACACACACACAAAACAUGUGGUAAUUAAUAUUACUGUUAUUUUCUUUCAUUUUCUGCUUUUUCUUUCCUC